UCUCAGCUGCUGAUCGCCGUGGCAACUCUCUCAGUCUCCGCCCACAUGUAUCCGCCUGAAGAGCGUGCGCAGAGUGAGGCCGACGCCCACCGCACAGAGCACUUCCUGGACUCGACCUACGAUGACAUUACUGGCCCCGCCCCGGUCUCUAACCCUUCCCCUUCUGCUAUCGUCUAUUCCGACAUCGCCCCCGAGGACUACGGCAGCCCCACACACACGCACACACUGGCGCAUACACCCGACACCGAGCCUUUUGGCAGCCCCAUGAUCUACGUGCCCUCCAGCCCUCAGCUCUCUCCCUUCCUGCACACACACACCCCACCGCCGCAAACGUACACACACACCACCCCGCCACACACACUCGCACUCACUAAUCCCCCGGCAUACACACAAGCGCACAACACCCCCCCAACUCAGGAGCUUUGCUACACGUCCAUGGACACGCCACACUACAGUAAGGAGACACGUUACUGUGCGGUGUGCAGUGAUUACGCGUCUGGAUAUCACUAUGGCGUCUGGAGCUGCGAGGGAUGUAAAGCGUUCUUCAAGAGGAGCAUACAGGGACAGCAUGACUACAUGUGCCCGGCCACCAAUCAGUGCACUAUGGACCGCAGCAGGAGGAAAAGCUGCCAAGCCUGCAGACUACGCCGAUGCCUAGAGGUCGGCAUGACCAAGGGAGGCUUCCGUAAGGAGCGUGGAAGGCGGGCCGUAAGACGGGAGCGGCCUGCUGUGAUUAGCCGGCGCGUGUGUGGGGGGCCGGGGCACCUGGUGAGGAGGCUGGUGGAGCCCCCUGUGUGUCCGGAGGAGGUACUGCAACUACUCAUCAACGCAGAGCCACCAGUGCUGCACUCACGGCAACAGGCCAGCCAGCCAUAUACGGAUAUCAGCCUGAUGACUCUUCUGACCAGCAUGGCCGACAGGGAGCUAGUACACAUGAUCACCUGGGCCAAGAAGAUACCAGGUUUCCAGGCCCUGUCUCUGCAUGAGCAGGUGAAGCUGCUGGAGGGAUCUUGGAUGGAAGUCCUGAUGACCGGACUCAUAUGGAGAUCAAUAAACGCACCUGGAAAACUAGUCUUCGCCCAGGACCUCAUACUAGACAGGAGCGAGGGCAAAUGUGUGGAGGGAAUGCAGGAGAUCUUUGACAUGUUGCUGGCUACCGUCUCUCGCUUCCGUACUCUGAAACUGACCACAGAGGAGUUUGUAUGUCUCAAAGCCAUCGUGCUCCUCAACUCAGGUGCGUUCUGCUUAGAGCCUCUUGGUGGCGUGGGCAGCGUGCAGACCAUGCUUGACACCAUAAGCCACACCCUCAUCCACUACAUCAGCCAAUCGGGCGCUCCGACACACCUGCAGGCCCGAAGACAUGCCCAGCUGCUGCUGCUGCUAUCACACAUACGACACAUGAGUAAUAAGGGCAUGGAGCACCUCUACAGUAUGAAGUGUCAGAAUAAGGUUCCUCUGUACGACCUGCUGCUGGAGAUGCUGGAUGCUCAUCGGGUGGAUUCCAAUAGGCUCCGCCCCGUUCCUGGAGAUCUGCGAUCUGAUUGGCUGCAGGAUGGAAGCCCACCCCCCCUUACCUUAGCACCAGCACCCUGCCGCUCGCCAAGCCCGUAGACACAUACACACACACACACACACUAUACCGAGCCGCUACACACACAAAAUACCAAGCCCAUAGACACAUACACAAUACCAAGCCCGUAGACACACACACACACACACACACACACAAUACCAAGCCCGUAGACACACACACAAUACCAAGCCCGUAGUAGACACAAGCCACUACACACACACAAUACUAAGUCCGUAGUAGACACAAGCCGCUACACACACACAAUACCAAGCCUGUAGACACACACACACAAUACCAAGCCCGUAGACACAUACACUGUACCAAGCCGCUACACACACACACAAUACCAAGCCCGUAGUAGACGCACACACAAUACCAAGCCCGUAGACACACACACACACAUAUAAUACCAAGCCCGUAGACACACACACACACACACACACAAUACCAAGCCCGUCGGCACACACACACACACACAUACACACACACAAACACACACAAAAUACCAAGCCCGUAGACACACACACAAUACCAAGCACGAAGACACACACACACACACACAAUACCAAGCCCAUAGAAACACACACACAUACACAAUGGCGCUAAGCCGCUAACCAUAUUCAUAGAACACAGACACACACACACACACACACACACUCAGAUACCGACAAUUCACGCACACACACACGCACUCUAUACCGACACAUUGCACACACACACAUACUCAGAUAUGACAAAUUGUGCACACACUCAGAUACCCACCAAUUGUGUGUACAAACACACACACACACACACACACAGACACACGCAUCCCUAAAAUCAGCCAGCACACCCUCAACUUUCUGUUCAUCGAUGACACUUUGUCAUUAUCAUUUUAAUUGUCAAAAUUCUUGUUAUUGUAAAAAAAUAAAUCUUCA